AUUUAUUUUAUUGAUAACUUGGAUUUUAAGGAAAAUAUAUUAAAGGCAUGUUUCAACAUCAAUUUAUAUAUUAUAUUCCAUUUUAUGCUACAAUUCAGCAUUUUCUAUGUUGUGUGCUUCUGGUAUUGGAUUCACACUGAUGGUUGGUUUUCGGUUUUAAAAUAAAUUCAAAAUAUCUUGAGAGAAACAGAACUGACUGCUUUUUACGGUUAAGCAAUCACUACUGAUUAUAAAAGCUCAGAAGGUUUCCCAAAAGUUUGCGGAUAGGAUUGUUGCCUUAUUAACAACAAACUACAACUUAGCACCAGCGUUCGAAAAUAAACAUUAUGGUACAGUACCAUAGUGUUCUGUACCGUACCAAGGUGGAGUGGUACACUACGAUAGUGUACCGUACCGGAACACAACCCUUAAAAAUAUUUUAGUGAUACUAUACCGGAGCACAACGAUAAUCGUACUGUACCGCAGUCGGAGCACUAAAAAUCGUAGUGUUCCGCAGUCGGAGCACUACAAAAUCGUAGUGUUCCGCAGUCGGAGUACUACAAAAUCGUAGUGUACCACAUGGCGGAACAUUAAAAAAAUAAUGUACCGCUAGUGUACCACAUGUUUGUUGUUUACGAUUUGGGGAAAAAUUGAAUGUUUGAUGUUUUUGAUAAUGUAAAUAUAAAUAAUACAAUUCAAUAUUAUGAAAAUAAUUGCUGGAUUUAUUUUCUUUUUAUACUUGAAGGAAGUUUAGAAAUAUGAGAUUAGGUAGAAGGGAUAAAAAGGAAAAUUAAAUUGAAAAAUUAAAUUCUCCGUGAAAAAGGGUAUUUUAGUGGUUGCCACAAGUCUGUAUGGAUACGCCUGAAAUUCGGCCUAUUGCGUUAUAUUAACCACUAAAAAAUUCUACGAAUGAAUGCAAGAAUAUGGGUAUUAAAAGUUAGUGCCAUAAAAUUGUAUAUUUUGGUAAAAGGUCAAGUUUGUUUUAUUAUCUAGGUGGGCCGCUAAAUGAAAACAAUGAAUGUAUGUUUUUGCAAAAAAUUAAAUAUUUGUAUGUAUUUGCUAGUAUGGCUGAGGGUUUAAAAUCAGUUUUAUGAUUUAGUCUUAAAUAAAACCAAACAUUGUACAGGUACCACAUCAAAAUAUGUGCCGAUAUCCAGAAUAUAGUUUGCCACAAUUUCGCAUCGGAGUACAGGUAGUCUUAUUAUUAUUAAGAACAAUAUUUGUUACAAUAUAUACAAAAAAGCCGAUAUCCUGCUGUUUAGUUCUUCUCAAACGUUCAGCACAUAAUAGCAAAAAUGCCGCGACCUAAAAAUAUUAUUCUUUUAGAUAUGUUCAAUACAAAUGAGUCAAACGAAGUUGUGUGUAACUUGCAAAGUUGUAAGAACAAGAUUUUAAGUGUACAUUCCGGAAAUAUAGAAAGACACUUAAAGAGAUCACAUCCUGAGCAAUAUGCAAACUAUAUUGAACAAAAACGGGCAAUGAAAUUACAAAAUUGUGUUAACGAAGUAUUACUGGGAAGAAAUGUAAAUCCGAGGAACAUCGAACUAGCAAUAGUGGAACUAUUCACCAAAAAUGGACGUCCUCUGCACAUGGCCGAAGAUAGGGCCUUCAAAAUUUUUAUGGAGCCAGUUUUAAGUUUGCUCGGAAUAACAGUCAAUGAGCAUAAAAUAAUGAAACGAAUUAUCGCAUUUUCCACAAAUAUUAAAACAGAAAUAUCUAAUGAUUUAAAAGGGACAUUGUUUUCUCUUAAGAUUGAUGUAGCAAACAGGUGGGAUUUGAGCAUGCUCGGUAUAAAUGUUCAAUACAUCAAAAAUGGUAAAAUCAUUGUUAAAACAUUGGCAAUAAAAGAGCUGAAAUCAAGUCAUACCGGUGAAAAUAUAAAAUCUAUUAUAUUGGAAGUUCUAAAAGAAUAUGGUGUUGAUGUACGCAACAUUUUUACCAUUACAACCGACAAUGGAUCUAACAUGUUAAAAACGGUAAAAGUGCUGAGUUCGGAGUUUCAAAUGCUUAUGGAAGAGGAAUCUCAGGAUAGCGAAGAAGAAGUUGAUUGUGAAAUAUCGAUUUAUGAAAUUGAGUCCAUCGAUUUUAAUAUAUCCUCACACCAUAUUACUAACAAUUGUUGUGGUGCCCAUACGCUGCAGCUGUGUGUAAAUGAUGUUCUAAAACAGCCUACAAUAAAAGAAAAAACUGAAAACCUAAGACUCGUAGUGAAAAAACUUCGAAGUAAAACGUAUAUGAGUAUUUUUAAAAAUGGGCUCCACAAGAAACCUAUAAUUGACUGUAUAACAAGAUGGAAUUCAACAUACAAUAUGAUUGAAAGACUGUUGGAAAUAAGAGAAGUUGUAACUACAUUAAGCAAGGAUAAUUCGAAAUUAUUCAUUAGUUCUGCUGACUGGUCUUUCGCAAGUGAAUUUGUUGGAAUAUUUAAACCUAUUUACACAGCUACAAUGAAACUACAAACUGAACAGCUGUGUUAUAGCGAACUAUAUAUUGUAAUAAUGGAUAUUACAUUCCAAAUAGAUGCUUUACCAAAUACCGAAAUGAAAGUGAUACUGAAAGAAUCAUUGAAGACGAGAAUGGAUAAACUUUUUGAUAACGAACUUUUCAACGCAUCCAUGUAUUUGGAUCCACGUAUGAAAGUCUGUAUGGCAAUCGAACAGAAAACAAGAGCGCAGAUGUACAUAGUGUCGUUAUAUAAGCAAAUAUACUCAAAAGAAGAUUCUACAACAGACAAUAAGGCCUGCACAAUACUGGAUGAAACUCCAUCAACAGUACUACAUGCACAGAGUUCUUCAAACAUUGAUAAUUUUGAAUCCGAUCUAUCCACUUAUGAAAGAAAAUCUAGAUUGCCAUUAAAUGCAAAUGUUUUAGAAUAUUGGGAUUCUUUAAACAUUAUUAGUGGCAUUGCGAAUAUUUUACUGGAAAUACCAUCAACACAAGUAAGCGUGGAACGCUUAUUUUCAGCUAUGAAAUAUAUGUUAUCCGAUCAGCGCAAUUGAUUGUCCUGUUAAAUUUAGAGCAUAUAUUAAUGGUAAAAGUCAAUGGGAUUUUUAAUUACCAGUUGGGAUCAGAUUAAAGUUCUU